ACUAGCAGCUAUUAGAACGUAGUGGAACUAUCCAUUUAAUCCUUGAGCCAGAUAAGCAGCCACAUCAUAGAGUAAUGCGGGGUUAAAUCUAGAUGGGGCGGCUAAGCUAAGUUAAUUUAACACUCACUCUAUUACUACCCAAUAUCCCAAUAAAUACUCCACUUUGCUUCUUCACAUUUCCAUCAUCUUCUCUACUACUAAUUAAUUAAUUUCUCUGAAAUUUCAAGAUUUUGCAGAACUGCAGCAAUGGCUAAGGAUGCUGAAGUUGGCGGCCACGGCGGGGACUUCCAUGCCAAGGACUACCAAGACCCGCCACCCGCACCAUUGAUCGAUGCGGAGGAGCUGACUAAAUGGUCAUUUUAUAGAGCUAUAAUUGCUGAGUUUAUUGCCACGCUCUUGUUUUUGUAUAUCACUGUGUUGACUGUCAUUGGUUACAAAGCUCAAACUGAUCCGACCAAGACUGAUGAUGCUUGCGGUGGCGUUGGCAUUCUUGGCAUCGCUUGGGCCUUCGGUGGCAUGAUCUUUAUUCUUGUCUACUGCACCGCCGGUAUUUCAGGUGGACACAUUAACCCGGCAGUGACAUUUGGGUUGUUUUUAGCAAGAAAGGUGUCUUUGGUAAGAGCCAUAAUGUACAUGUUGGCUCAGAGUUUAGGAGCCAUAUGUGGAUGUGGGCUAGUCAAAGCGUUUCAAAAGAGUUACUACCAAAGAUAUGGCGGUGGAGCUAAUGAGCUUGCUGACGGAUACAGCAAAGGAACUGGUUUAGGAGCUGAGAUUAUUGGUACUUUUGUUCUUGUCUACACUGUCUUCUCUGCUACUGACCCCAAGAGAAAUGCUAGAGACUCCCAUGUUCCUGUGUUGGCUCCACUUCCUAUUGGAUUUGCUGUGUUCAUGGUUCACUUGGCUACUAUUCCGAUCACCGGCACCGGAAUUAACCCUGCUAGGAGUUUUGGUGCUGCUGUCAUUUACAAUAAGGAAAAGGCAUGGGAUGACCAAUGGAUUUUCUGGGUUGGACCGUUCAUUGGAGCUGCAAUUGCUGCAAUCUACCACCAAUAUGUACUAAGAGGAUCAGCUGUUAAGGCUCUUGGUUCAUUCAGAAGCAGUUCCAACAUUUGAGUUUGCUAUAUUAAUCUCCUCCGUGGCAGCCACCACAAAAUGUUCAAGUCUUGAAGGAUCUUGGAGUUAAUAUGUACAUUAUGUAUCAUUAUUUAUAAUUAUUUUGUGUUUAUGUAUUUGAGUAUGAUUGGGCCCUUGUUUUAUUUGUGCCCAAAUGUUGCAUCCAAAGUCUUCCUUUUCUUUCCAUUUUAGUGCCUUUGUAAUCAUGAUGUGUUGACAGAAAUUUAUCAGAAAUUACUUUGUGUCAA